AUCUCAGCUCAUCUGCACCCACCAAAAUCAACAAUCCAUCCAUUUUCAUCAACUACUUAAUUAAGGCGAUCGAUUCCGGCCAUAUAUAAUUAAGCAGAUCGAACUACAACUUAUGUCGACGACCACCACCACCACAUCUAGGAGGUUGGAGGGUAAGGUAGCACUUAUUACCGGUGCGGCCAGCGGCAUUGGCGAGGAGGCGGUGAGAGUAUUUGCAGAGCAGGGUGCAUUUGUGGUGGCCGCGGAUGUGCAAGAUGAGUUGGGACAUCGACUCGUCCAAUCCAUUAAUAAUAACAAAACUCAGGCUUCGGUUUGUUAUCAUCACUGCGACGUGAGAGACGAGAAGCAGGUGGAAGACACGGUGAGUUACGCGGUGAGUAGGUACGGAAGACUGGACAUAUUGUUCAGCAACGCCGCCAUAAUGGGGCCCAUGGCCGGCAUCAUGGAGCUCGACCUCCAAGCUUUGGACGACACCUUAGCCACCAACGUGCGUGGCGUGGCGGCGACUAUAAAGCACGCGGCUCGGGCGAUGGUGGCUGGGAGAACACGCGGGUCGGUGAUAUGCACCAGCAGCGUGGCGGGGUGCUUAGGAGGCUCCGGCCCUCACGCUUACACGGCCUCAAAACACGCCAUUGUGGGUUUAGUGCGUUCUGUUUGCAGCGAGCUGGGAGCUCACGGGAUAAGGGUUAACUCUAUUGCCCCUUUCGGUGUCGCCACUCCGCUUGCUUGUAAAGCUUAUGGGUUGGAGCCGAGUGAAGUGGAGGCGAACACCUCUGCCAUGGCUAACUUGAAGGGGAUUGUUCUCAAGCCUGCGCAUGUGGCUAAGGUUGCUUUGUUUCUUGCGUCCGAUGACUCUGCUUACAUUAGUGGACAAAACUUGGCGGUUGACGGCGGAUAUACGGUGGUUACCCACACCCCUGCCCACCUCAUCCCAUCCCAUCCGCCCAUUUACAUUGAUUAAUUAAUUACUUAAUUAGCUCCGUCGGUCCGUGUUUGAAUUACCUUACCUGUACUGUACUGUACUCCAUCUGAUCUGCAUGCAUUAAUUAUUUUGAAGUCAACGCACGCAGAAUGGAAUUGCUUAGCUUGCAUGUGCGUUUCCUUGUAAUCAGCAGCUAGCAUCUCAUCUCAUGCAUUUUAUAUAUAUAUAUAUAUUUUUUGAAUGCAAA